AUGAUGUUGGCGAGGUCUUCUUUGCGCUCGACGCGCACCCUCAAUGGGCUCCGAAAUGGCGCGACCGCUGUCACCAAGCGGACGAUUUCGGCUAGCUCUGGUGCCGCGAAGGAAGCUACUCCUACCUCCAUGAACAUUGCCGCCGUCGCUUCGACUUCCCUGGCUGUUGGCUCCAUUGCCUGGUACUACCACAUGUACGGACCUGUGGCUCACGCUUCGACACCUGCUGAGGAGGGUCUUCACCCCACCAAGUACCCCUGGGUUCACGAGCAGUGGUUCAAGACCUUUGACCACCAGGCCCUGCGCCGAGGUUUCCAGGUUUACCAGGAGGUGUGCGCCUCGUGCCACUCUCUCAGCCGAAUUCCUUACCGUACGCUUGUCGGCACCGUCCUGACCGUCGACGAGGCCAAGGCUCUCGCUGAAGCCAACGAAUACGAGGGCGAGCCCGAUGAGCAGGGCGAGACCACAAUGCGCCCUGGAAAGCUCGCCGACUACGUUCCCUCUCCUUACAAGAAUGAGGAGGCUGCCCGAUUUGCCAACAACGGUGCCCUGCCCCCUGAUCUGAGCUUGAUUGUCAAGGCUCGCCACGGUGGCUGCAACUACAUUUUCGACCUCUUGACUGGCUACCCCGAGGAGCCCCCUGCCGGCGCCGUCGUCGCUCCUGGAAUGAACUUCAACCCCUACUUCCCCGGCACUGGCAUCGCCAUGGCCCGUGUGCUCUACGAUGGACUCGUCGAGUACGAGGAUGGCACCCCUGCCUCGACCUCGCAGAUGGCCAAGGAUGUUGUCGAAUUCCUCAACUGGGCUGCCGAGCCUGAGAUGGACGACCGCAAGAAGAUGGGCAUGAAGGUCCUUGUUGUCACCUCUGUACUAUGGGCGAUGAGCGUGUGGGUCAAGCGAUACAAGUGGGCUUGGCUCAAGUCGAGGAAGCUGGCAUACGACCCUCCCAAGGAGAGCAAGGUCCGCCACUGA